CAAAAUGGUGGCUGAAGUUGCGAGCUGUUUCUGGGCUGGAGGCAGGUUCAGCCCAGUCUUGUGAGCCACCGGUUGUUGACCGGUGUAAACUUCUGUGCACUUCCUUUAUUAAACUGUUACACAUCUUUGUAACCGUCUUGCAGUAUGUUCAAGAACGAGUAUCAGGGAGGACCAUUUGUAGAAAUCUUCAGCUCACAAGGUAAAGACCCAGUUGCAAAAUGGAAGCUUUACGGCAGUCCUGCAGUCCAAAAAGUUUUCGAUAAAGAAGUGAAGAGCUACGUUUAUAUACUGGAAGGUAGCGGUCAAAGAAACAAGAUGCAAUUGCCUAAGGACAGCAAACAGACACUUGGCCUUAUCCAACGGUUCCUCGUGUUGCAGCUUUGUGUGCCUGUGGGACAAGACUUCUCUACAGAAUUGCUAAUUACUGAUUUGGGAAAUAUCAAGCGACGACUGUAUUUAUCAACUAUCCACAAGGAAUUGUCUGCAACCCCACUGCAUGCAAAAAUACCAUUGAGGAUUAUCAAACGUAAAAUUUGGAACAAUAUUUGCAUUGAUAUGGUGUCAUUUGCUAAUGCUGCAUUUAAAGGAGCUGGUUUUCAGUCCUUAGACAGGAUUGUUGUCUCAGCCAACUGUAAACUAAGGAAAAUAUUCACUAUGAAACUUCAGCCACAAGAUAAUGAUAUGUAUUCUUUACAGUGUUUCACUGAUGGACCCACAGAUGUAAUUCCAAAGAGCUGUCAGCUAGGCAUUGAUGUGGAUCAAGUAACACAGCUCCUGAAUGCUGUAAAACUUAGAGAGGGAGAAUUAAGAUUUGGAAGCCAAACCCUCACUUCAACAGAUUUGGACCAGCAGACCAAUCGUGGGACAGCCAGUGCACGUACUAUUAGAAACCAAAAUAUAUCUCAUAUUGCAUUUGGUUCAAAAGUGCUUGGACCACCUCCAACCAGUGUUAGAAAAAUUGGGACAACAGGAUCUAAAGAUCUAUCAGGUUUGAUGGAUAACAAAAUGACCAGAUCCUCCUAUCAACUGCGUUGUAAUAAAGAAGACAUCUCAGAACGAUUGAUUGGCAGGUCAGAAAGACAGGCUUCAAGUCGACCAGAACCAGUUAACCAAAUAAACCAAGAAAGUAUUUCCUUUACAAAGCAAACAUCAGAAGCUGUUAUUUUGGUAAUGAAGGUGGAACUCUGCAGUUUAAGUGGGUAUAAAAUAUACCCGGGUCACGGGAAGCAAUAUGCCAGAAUCGAUGGGAAGGUUUUCCAGUUUCUGAACUCAAAAUGUGAGUCAGCCUUGAGAAACCCUCGACAGACCCACUGGACUGUCUUGUACAGGCGCAAGCACAAAAAAGGGCAGCCUGAAGAGGUUCAGAAAAAGUGCUCCCAUCAAGCGAUGAAGUUUCAACGGGCUAUUACUGGUGCCUCUCUUGCUGAGAUUAUGGCCAAGAGGAAUCAGAAGUCUGAGGUGCACAAGGCUGAAUGUAACAGAAUGGCUCUAACCUCAGCAAAUUUCACUUCUGAUCUAAUGCAGAUACAUAUGACAAAUAUAGAAAUAUCAGACACUUAUGAAUCCAAGGCUCAAUGCCGCCUUUUUGAGGGUUCUAACACAAUGGACGAGGAGAAGAAGGGAGGGGCAUGCCAAGUGCAGCUUCAGGAGGCGGCCCUGCCUGAGCUCCAGGGUCAAAGGGAGCCACAGCAAGAACAUAUGGUUCAGGACAAUAGACCCAGACAAUGGAGGCAACUCACCAGACCUAAGCAGCAGGCCCCUCACCUGCCUGAACCACAGGCUGCACCUGUACUUGGACAGCUGGAGUCUUCUCUCACCUUCUCCUCAUUUCCUCCUCACAUGAGGAGCCUCCUCCAUGGAUGUAAUUUUCUUGACCACUCAGAGAACAGUUUACAGCACAUUUCCUCCCAACAUUCCACACCCUACCUGGAACAUUCCAGAAACAAUUCACAUUUACAACUAAGUACGAACAAGACAGAAAAUGAAAGUGGUUCAGCACCUUUAAGUGAAGAUGAUGAAAAAGAUGAUGAAUUAAAAUUGAAGGACAUUUUUACAUACUCAUCACAACCGAGAUCAGCUCCUCAUGGAAAGGUACAGAGCACUUCAUCAGAAGGCUUCAUGUGGACAGUGGAUAUAAAAGAACAUGGAAAACAGGAAAAUGCAGAUAAGAUGGAGGAUGAUUUCCAUGGAAAUUAUAGCAGCGAGGAGAAAGGCUUCAAGCUUAAAGCCCCAAGCUGCAGGAAGCAGAAUCAAAGCAAUAUAAAAGCUUGUGAGAAGCCAGAAGAGUUGCCAAAGAGGCAACUGAAGGAUGAUUUGCUGAAUAGGAUUACUAGACAGCUCUCAGGUGCCAGGACAAGUUCGAGGAACUCUGAAGCCUCAUUGGUCAGCCAUAUAUCCCAUAGUUCUAUGUCUGUAUCCUCUGAAAGAACAAUAAAAACUGCUUCAAGUGAACAAACCAUAAAAGGAACUUCUUUUCCUGCAUUGAGCAAAAUAGACAAAGAAAAAAUUCACUGCAGUAUCACUCCAGUCCAAAGCAGAUCUCCCACCAGAAUAGAUGCUCCGGAUUCUACAUCAGGCAUGAUAAAGUUGAAAGAUGGUCAAGCUAGCCAAUCCAGGACUUCAAUGGUAAAAAGGUCCUUAAAAGAAAUCCCAAAAGAGGAUCCAAGACUAACGACAGAGACUUGUGAAUAUAACUGGUUGAAUUAUCAGCCAAAGGAUAUGAGUGAAUCUGAUGAAGCAAGAAUGCUGGCUAGUUUACGAAGACAGCAACUUGAAGAAAUGGAGGAUGAUGGGAAGAUAAACCAUUUAAAUGCCGUUCAGCUUGGAUACUGUGUCUAUGGUGAUGAUAGCAUGAGCACAAGCAGUGAUGAUACAAGCAUCUGGAGUACCCAGCAUACAGGACCACCAGUCAAUCAAGGCCAUCACUACCAGAAUGAAAUGCUUCUGACUCUGUCUCAGAAAAAAAUGAAUCCACUUCUUCUUUCAAACCCACGUGACUGGGGUAAUAUUUACAGUCCCCCCAUCAUUCUACCCAGUGAACAGCUGAAAGAUCUGAAAAAUACCCUUUCACCCGAGCAACCUGCCGUUCUUCAGGAUUUAGGAAAUGAUACUGCAAGUAAUACUGAAGAUCAGGAUGAAGUGCUGGAUCUGUUGUACGAUCCCUGUUUGAAUUGUUACUUUGAUCCAAAAACAGGAAAAUACUAUGAACUAGCAUGAGUCAAAGACUGAGACCUUUGAAGCAACACGAUUGCCUGGUAACAGCUUGAAUUUUUCUGAGACCCCAAGAGCAUAUCAUUUCAAAGACAACCCUGGCAGUCAUCAUAAAAUCAGACAAAAAUACUUCAAUCCAAAAGAAGACCGAAUGAUGUAGAAAUGAAUGUAUCCAGCAUCUGAGGUCUGCGGCAGCAUUUCAGCACACAUUACCCUCUUUUUAAUUAUCAAGCAUUGUAACUGAACAGAUUCCAUGCUUUCUUAUGUUUCUUUUUCUAAUUGUGUU